AUGAAUACUCUCGUCAACGCUUCUCGACAAACAUGGAUACCCUCUUUUCGACACGACAUCUUCUAUUUUGUUGGAAAAAGACGUGGAAAUUCUGUUCGAUUUCCAUCAAAAUCGAAUAUUGUCGAGUUACCUGUAGAUGAUAAUGAAUAUCCACCAGUGAACAAAACAUUUUCUAUGUGGGCAUAUUUUCAUCAGCAGCAUUUAUCUCGCUAUAAUUACUUCAUAGCUAUUGAUGCGGACACUUAUGUUAAUGUUAAAAAUUUGCAAAUAAUGUUGAAUUCGAUCAAAUGUCAAAAUUGUUAUGUUGGCCAUCCAGCUACAGGGGAGCCAUACGAACGAGCACGCCUUGGACUUAGUGCUCCAUACUGUCUUGGUAUGGGAUAUGUAAUUGCUCGUAAUACACUUCGUCGAUUCGCUCCAAAUGUCAAUGUUUGUCGUCAAUCAACAAUAACGAACCACUCAGAUACGGAAUUGGGACGAUGUAUUUAUCGAUUCGCAUCGGGCAUAUCUUGCAGUAGAGUCUCAACUGCCCUGGAGAGAGUUAUGUACACAACAAAUAAGCAAGGAGCAAUAAUUCCAUUUAGACGCGAUUCACAUGGGCGCCUUCAGAUAGAAUUUCCAGAAGCACCACCAACUCGAUUUUUCAAAGCUGCUCUUGUUCACCCAUUAAAAACCUCACAUGCAAUUUACCAAUUCCAUCGUCAAGUCAAACUACAAUUACGACCCGUCCUUCCACCAGCUUUCUUGAGUGGCAGCUGCGUAGCUAAUCCAGUCAUUCAAAAUGAAACCUUUCCUCAAAAUCGCCAUGUACUGGAAUGUCGCUUGGAAAUACCAACACAAUAUCCCAAUCACUUACGUUCUUUAAGUGCUUUUGUAGUUACAUUGCAUGGUUAUGAAAAGCGUCUGAAACGAACAAUUAACAAUUUCAAAAAACACAACAUCCAUCUGCAGCGUUUUUAUGGAGUAUCAAAUAUUCGCUCGCCGAAUACAACAAAUAUGACUGACGGAGAAUGGAGUUUUCGUUUGACAAUGAUCCGUUUGAUACAGAAAGUAAUUGAUGCUAAAUUGCAACAAGUUCUUAUAGUUGAAGAUGAUGCUAUUCCACAUAAUCGCUUUAGUCAACUUUUUAAAGAGUUAUUCGAUAACCAUCGAUGCAAAGAAUGUGUAUUUGGUGGCAUUUUAAUGCUUGGAUCCACGACAUGGGCAUCUGGUUGGAAGACUCUUGAUAGGUAUAAUAAUGUCGAGAAAGGAAUUUGCCGCAACAUAUGCACUGGGAACUAUGGGUCGUUUGCUGUUCUACUUAAUCAAGCAGUAUUGCAACCGAUCCUUGCUUGGCUGAGAGAAAAAAACAUGCCACAACCUUACGAUCACGUAUUUGCUCACAUUGCUCGUCUCGGUUAUCCUAUAAGAUUGACUAUACCAAAUCUAGUUGCCAGUGAUACUAGACAUGUAUCACUUAUUAGACCUCGUCCGAAUCACGCCACUUUCAAUAAUCUAACAUUACGAGCAAAAAUUCAUCGUUGGAAAAUUGAAAAUUACAUGUUUUCACCCUCGAAUGAAACAGAGUAA